AUGUCAUCGAUCGAUUCUCCAACCAUUUCUAAAACAAAUGCAUCACUAAAUUCAAAUCCUAUAGGUUCAAAUCCUUAUAAAACCAUCACUUAUUCAGGGGAUGGAAAUGAAUAUGUUAUAAUAGAUAAUCAUAAAUAUUUACGACACGAGUUGAUGCAAGCUUUUGGUGGUACUUUAAAUCCUGGUUUAUCUCCACCUCCAGUUCAUCAAUUUGGUAAUGCAUCAGCUUUAGGAUUAGCUUCAUUUUCUGUAACUACAUUUGUUCUUGCAUUAUAUCUUAUUGGUGCUAAAGGUAUUGCAAUUCCAAAUGUUGUGGUUUCUCUAUGUUUUUUUUAUGGAGGUGCUGUUGAAAUGCUUGCUGGUAUUUGGGAAUUAGUGAUUGGAAAUACAUUUGCAGGAACUGUCUUUACUAGUUUUGGAACAUUUUGGAUAGCUUAUGGAUCUAUAUUUGUUGAAGCUUUUGGUAUUCAAGCUGCUUAUGCUGAUGAACCUGAACAAUUUGGUAAUGCAGUUGGAUUUUUUAUUCUUGGUUGGGCUAUUUUUACAUUUUUAUUAUUAACUUGUACAAUUAAGGCUACUGUUGGUUUAGCUGGUUUAUUCCUUACAUUAGAUAUCGCAUUUUUCUUAUUAUCUGCUGCAAAUAUGACAGGAAAUGCAACUGCCACUAAGGCUGGUGGGGCAUUUGCUCUUAUUUCAUCUAUUUUUGGAUUUUAUAAUAUGUAUGCUGGUAUUGCUAAUGAGACUAAUGUUUACAUUAUGCCACUACCACUUCAACUCCCAGUUUACGAAAAAAAUAAGCAUUGA